AUGAGUUCAAAGGAAUCCCGGAUUAGGCUAAUUCCCGGGUCUACUUUUGAUAAAUACGUGAUCAAAGGAUUUAUUGGUCAUGGCUCAUUCGGUGAUAUAUAUUCAUGUGAAGAUGAACGUGAUCAUUCAACUUGGGCAAUUAAAAUAGAGUUAAAAACUAACAAAAAGACAAGUUUAGAUAAAGAAGCACAAAUUCUCAAGAAAAUACAAUCCUCGCCUUACUUUCCGGUUUUCCAUGACUAUGGAGAAAGUGAUGAAUAUCUCUGGCUUGUUCUUGAACUUCUUGGCCCAUCAUUAAUAGGUGCAAGAAGAAUAUCUAGUGGGUCUGUAUUUUCAGCAUCAACAGCAAUUCGAUUAGGAAUCGAAAUGCUUCGUUGCAUAGAAGCAUUUCAUAAAUUCGGUUUAGUUCACAGGGAUAUUAAACCUGGUAACUUCUUAAUUCGACCAAGUCGUAAACAUCCUCUCAUUUUAAUAGACUUUGGAUUAAGUAAAGCAUUUCUCGAUGAUAACGGAGAAAUGAUACCACCACGUGAUAGCCCUGGAUUCGUUGGAACAGUACCAUACGCAUCUUUUAAUGCACAUAAAGGCCUUGAACUAGGAUGCUGUGACGAUCUUUUUUCUUGGUUUGUUGUUUUACUGAAAAUUCAUGCUGGAGAACUUCCUUGGCCAACAGUUAAUAACAAGGAUGUUGUUCUAGUAGCAAAAAAAGAGGCUAAUAUCGCUAAUUUUUGUGAAGGACUUCCUCAUCAAUAUAUUAUUAUGUACAGAUUAAUUCUAAGUAUGAAAAGAGAUGACAUACCAAACUACAGCUUAUUUUACCAGCUUUUAGGUGAAGCAAUGGUAGAUACAAAUUCAAGUUUCAUGGAUAGAUUUGAUUGGGAGCUCUCACCAGAUGAAAUUAUCAGAACAGCUACUACGAUAUCUCUUGCUAUGCCUAGAGGUGAAUUACCAGAGCCUCCCUCAGAUUUUCCAAGCGAUCUUGUACAAAGAUUGAUGAAGAAACCUGAAGUUCCUGAAGAAAAGAAUGAAGACACUAAUGAUACACCAUCUUAUUCAGAUGAUGUUGAUGGAUGUGGUUGCAGAAUUUAA